UUGGUUCAAAAUAAUUCUCCCGAAUUGGGGCAUUAAUUUUGAGCAAGUUGCAACUUGUACCACAUUGAAGAGAAAUAUUUAUAAUAAAAUCCUAGAAUGUGUUUAUUUAAGAAUAGAAGCACUGGAGGCAUCCUAAUCUUAUUAAGCCUUCUGCUGCCCCUUUAUGGGGUCAAAGCGCUCCCAGCAGAGAAAGCAGAUCACCCCUCGUACAUUUUGGUCGCCGGUAUCAACAAAUCUAAAGUAUUUCGUGGCAAACUUUGUAAUGUAUUGGGCCAUGACACCAACAGGAGGAGGAGGCGGCGGCAAUGCUUCGUCACUAGACCCACCACCCACGACCGUCGCAGCAUUCAAUCACAACUCGACCAUUCUCAAGCCGAAAGGGAAAGGGGGACAGAAGGACGACUUCUCCUUGAGACUCGUCGACUGUCUCCCAAUCGUCAAGUUGUGCGCUCUCACCUCCAUUCCCCCAUCCACCUGUACAACAUGACUUUUCCACUUUUAAUUAGCAUAUGCUUUUAUGCAAGAUUACUGAUCCACAAUAAACCCGCAGGUUCGUUGUCUUGUUACAAACUACGGGUUGGGCCGAACCCAAGUGUAGAACGACUGACCUGACGGGAGGACUGAUGGCCUUGGCGCAAAGGCUCACACUCUCCGAAGAGUUGGCUGACUUUGCGCUCCCAGGAUAUUUUACCUUCACGUACGUAUCGAAUAUGUGUCCAUAUAGUUGCUGCAUGCUUGGCUGGUAGCAUGUCCACGCUGCUAAGAGGAUAUUGAGGUCGAGACGCGUAAAUAACUGUACACAUGCAUGUUUUCUCACCAUUUACUAAUCUACCAGGACGCUCCUGACCCUGAAAAUCGACCCACUCCUGGAACAAAUCGCCUCCGUUUUUGCCGCAUACUUGAUGGUUGGAGGAAUCAAGUGUUCCGCAGUCAUGUAUGCCUACCAAGGCGUUGGGGUGACUGAUUGCCAAAAAAUGACGGGACCCUGGGAUCAAUAUUACAUGUCCCAUCGCACCAAAAAAGCCACCGUUUGUGACAAACCGUUGACGACGGAAUGGCUGCGGAUGCAGGAUUUCUUUCCAGAAGUCGACGUAGUAGGAAGUACCCUGGAAUUCUCCGAGAAUCUGUACGACGAUGGGUUGGACACCCUCACGCCAACCGCAUACGAGGCCAACACGCUCAACCAAACGGGAGAGAAAGGCAAGCCUAGUCAGCCUUCGUCCUCUUCCAGUGGGAGCAAGUGUCCCCCUGGACAAACGAAGGACGAACUGUCGGGAAAGUGUAAAAAAGGCCAUUAGUAAACAAGAGUUCCUUGAUCUGGAAUAAGUAAAUGAUGAGAAGGCAUUGACACAU